ACCUACAUGCCAACGCCCUUGAGGCUUUAUUACCUCAAGUUUUGUAUCUGUAUGGUAUUUCUGUGAAGAUUCAACUUCAUUAUUUCAGCUGCUAAGAAAGAGCCCUACUUUGCAACACCGACGUUAUAAUUACUAACAAUUACCAUCUAGUCAGAUCCGGACGUACACACACUCACAACAGUCGCUUGUUCUUGGUGUUUUGGUGAGGAUGGGUUAUCCACUGGUGAUUCUGUUGUGUGUGGGACUGCUCCACCAGACCACGAGGGCUGUCCUCAUGGAUAAACUAGCAGACCAGAAGAUUUGCGGAGAUGCAGAGUGCUCAUAUGUUCUCUCCAUGGCCACAGUCUUGGAUGACUUCAUAUCUCCUGACUGCCGAUUCCUCAACCUCAGAAAGGGUCAGGUGGUUUAUGUGUACUCCAAACUCAUUGCAGCAGAGGGCGCUGGAGUCUUCUGGUCUGGAAGCAUUUACAGUGAGCGGUACGUGGACCAGAUGGGCAUCAUUGGAUACUUCCCUGCAACUGUGGUGAAGGAGACACAGAGGUUUACAGAAAACACAGUUAAGAUCCAAACAACUGACAUGGACUUCUACUGCGAUUAAGGGACUGAAACCUCUUCCUUGUCAACUCUUUCUGUUUGUAACUCUGGCAUUUAUAAAGGACAAAGUAUGCAGACAUUAACUCAAUGAGUCUUUUUGUCUAUAUCAUUCCAACAUUUUGAUUAUAUAAAUAUAUAAAAGUUAAAGAAAUGAGUUUUCCAGACACCUUUUUUGAUGAUUUUUCUUGACUAGUAAUUGCAAUUAUAUUGUACUUGUCUUUGUUACACAUCCAGAAACUGAGUUGGAGUUGCUUAUGCUGAGAAAUAGCUGCUGUGAAAAUGAUUAAAUUCGUUUUCUAAAGCUUACAGUCUUUUUUUUUUAUUGGAGUCAAGGUUUCUUGGUAGUGUUAUCAGAGACAUCUUAUAAAAUCCUGACUUCUCAUUCAUUCUACUAUGUUCUUCUCCACUAUGUUCUCAAAAGAAAUGUCAUCUAAUAGAAUUAAUUUUUAAAAAAAAGUAUCAUGACUG